AUGGAGAAGAAGAACAAGGCUCCUGCUCAAAAAAUUCAAAUUCAGUCAAAAGGGAAUUUGGCGGCCGAUGGAAGAGGCGUGAAGUCGCAAGGUGGAACUUUGCGUUCUAACACUCCAUCGCAAGUAGCGAAACCUAACAAGCAGUCGCAGGGUGCGAUGGGGAACCCUAGGUCGCAGGGCGCGACUCUUAAGGAAAAUAUGUUGCCUGCGGGAAACCCAAAGCUAGCGGAUGGACCGUUGCGCAAGGGGGUUACAGAUUCUGAUGCUUCGACUUCAGGGUUAUCUCGGCGUGAAAAAGAGGCCAUUCCUGUAGAUGUUUCAGCACCAGAAGUGGAGAAGUGUGAUGGUUCUUUGCAGACUGAAGCCGCGAUGACUCAACCCGACGCCUUAAAUGAUGAUGAUAGUGUAGAGAUGGUUUAUGUGGAGGAGUCACCAACUAGAAUAACGGAGGAUCUUAGUAAGGCAUUGGUAUUAUUCGAAAAUUCAAAGAAACCGGGUUUGUUAACUGAUGAUAACUCUGUUGGUCUCUAUAGUGAGGUUGUGGAGGACACAACUAAUGAUGAUGAAUUCUGGUCUGAAGGUGAAAAGGAUCAAGCGGUGAUUGUGGGAGACACCUAUACCGAAACAAUGGUUCAUAAUGUUACUGUGAGGAACAAGUUCCUUUUUGAUGGCAUGCCUAUUCUUCUUAAUAUUGUGUUUGAUAUGAUUAAGAGGCAUGUAGAAGAUAUGCAGAUGAUUCAGGCUAUUCAAGCAUCUACCCCAGCUGAAAAGUCCUUCUUGGAGAGUGUACUUCCGACUUUGCAAUUCAGAGUUAAGUUGAGAAGCUUGAAGGUUGUCAAAUGGAAACCUCCGGAUGCUGAUGGUUUGGUCUUAAAUACUGAUGGUUCAUCGUUGGGACAAAGUUUGAAUUUGGGAUAUGGUUUUUCAAUUCGAGGGGCGCAAGGGGUUGUCAUCUAUGGUGAGUCUGGAUUUCUUGCACUACAAAAAAACCUGUCAUUACCCACGACCCAGUUUCGUGGGUAA